CUACGUUAUUUCCCAAGGAGGGGAUUCGACCAAGAUAUUGCCGGUAAUUGCGUCUCCGACGCAUUAUAUAUUCCAAAUAUUCCGGGAGGGGAUAACUUUCUUGGCUUGCACGCAGGUGGAGAUGCCUCCUCUGAUGGGAAUCGAGUUUCUCUGUAGAGUGGCUGAUGUUUUGACUGGCUACCUUGGAGGAUUAAAUGAGGACUUGAUAAAAGAUAAUUUCAUAAUUGUUUAUGAGCUUUUGGAUGAAAUGAUGGACAAUGGUUUUCCUCUCACAACAGUACCAAACAUAUUGAGGGAGAUGAUAGCCCCACCAAAUAUUGUUAGCAAAGUUUUAAGUGUUGUGACUGGUAAGAGUUCCAAUGUAAGCAACAUACUUCCAGAUGCAACAGCCUCACCUGUUCCAUGGCGAAAGUCUGACCUAAAGAGUUCAAGCAAUGAAGUUUAUGUUGAUCUCAUUGAGGAAUUGGAUGCAAUUCUGAGCAGAGAAGGGGUUCUGGUGAAAUGCGAAGUAUAUGGCGAAGUUCACGUUAAUUCACACCUACCUGGUCUUCCUGACCUGACACUAUCAUUUGCAAAUCCUAGCAUAUUAAAUGAUGUGAGGUUUCAUCCAUGCGUUCGGUUUCGACCAUGGGAAGGUGAACAGAUUCUCUCGUUUGUGCCUCCUGAUGGAGAAUUCAAACUUGCAAGCUACAGGGUCAAGAAGCUGAAAAACAUACCAAUCUACGUGAAACCUCAGCUUUCUUCAAGUUCUGGCCAUUGUCGAGUUAGUGUGUUAGUGGGAAUACGCAAUGAUCCUGGUAAAGUUAUCGAGAACAUAACAGUACAGUUUCAGCUCCCUUCCUGUGUGGAAUCUGUGGAUGUUUCCUCAAACCAUGGAACAGUAAAUGUCCUUGCUGAUAAGACCUGCUUUUGGUCCAUUGGGAGAAUUCCAAAGGAUAAAUCACCAAAUCUUUCAGGCAAUCUUAUUCUUGAGCCAGGCUUGGAUCGAUUGCAUGUGUUCCCUGUUUUUCGUGUGGGAUUCAAAAUUGUUGGUGUGGCUCUCUCUGGCUUGCAGAUAAAUAAGCUGGAGAUUAAGAACUUGCCAGCUCGUCUCUACAAGGGUUUCAGAGCUACUACUAAAGCAGGAGAAUAUGAGGUGAGAUCCUGAUCUAUGUAGCAAGCUUUGAUCUGUUAAUUUGACUAAGGAAUUAUUUGACUGGGCUUCUAUUUUGUAUGAAGUAGGGCUGUGAAUCUGUUCUUCAUGAUUCAUUGAUAUUCAUCAUCUUUAUCUUCUUAUUGUAAUUAGUGUAGUACAGCUGCAUUUGCUGCAAGGUCUUUAGGUCAAAUAUUAUGCAAACGAUAAUCUGUAUGAUAACAUCGGGCCGGUUUUGAAUUUU